AAAGCGUCGCAAUGUGACGUCGCGACGUCAGUCUCGCACUCCAUACUCCCGUCGACGCUCGCCGUCCCGAACAAACCAAAACAAUUCCCGUAGGAUAACCCUUUUUUUUUUUAGAUGUUAAAUCAAAUUAAUCCCGUAAAAAUCGUUGAAAAUGAAGUUCGCCGAACACCUCUCGGCCCACAUCACCCCCGAAUGGCGAAAGCAGUACAUUAAUUACGAGGAAAUGAAAUCGAUGCUAUACGCGGCCGUGGAGCAGGCCCCCUCGGGGGAGGUCGUGGAACCCGAGAUCCUCACCAGGUACUUCGCGAAGUUCGACGAGCAGUUUUUCCGGUUCUGCAACAAGGAAUUGACCAAAAUCAACACGUUUUAUUCAGAAAAACUGGCUGAGGCCACCAGGAGGUUCGCCACACUCAGGAGCGAACUCACCGAGACACAAGAGUACGAGUUCGAGGGUAAGAGCAAAGGAAGCACCUUCAAGAAUAACCUGUUGAGGAAGAGGAACGUGCCGGCGAAGAAGAUGCAGGAGCUGAAGCUGGCCUUCAGCGAGUUCUACCUGAGCCUCAUCCUCCUACAGAAUUAUCAGAAUUUAAAUUUCACAGGUUUUAGGAAGAUAUUGAAGAAACACGACAAGUUACUAACAGUGGACAUAGGCACCAGAUGGCGCACCGAAAACGUGGAAAACUCCCACUUCUACACCAACAAAGACAUCGACAGACUGAUCCGGGAAACCGAAGCCACCUUCACUCAAGACCUGGAGGGUGGCGACCGUCAGAGGGCAAUGAAGAGGCUAAGGGUGCCCCCUUUAGGGGAACACCAGAGUCCCUGGACCACUUUCAAGGUCGGCCUCUUCUCCGGAGCCUUUAUUGUGCUCAUAGUGGCAGUGGUUUUGUCUGGUGUGUUCCGGUCUCCGAAACAUGACUGGAGGGUCGUAACCAGGUUGUACCGCGGCCCCCUCUUGAUAGUGGAGUUCUUGUUCCUGUGGGGCAUCAACAUUUACGGGUGGCGCUCCUCGGGGGUGAACCACGUCUUAAUUUUCGAGAUGGACCCUCGCAACCAUCUUUCCGAGCAGCAUAUUAUUGAGAUGGCGGCGGUUUUUGGGAUCAUGUGGUCCAUAUCGGUGUUAUGUUUCAUCUUUAGCCAGCAAAUAGGGGUGCCGGCGUUCGUGCACCCCCUCGCCCUCAUCGUGCUGAUGGUGAUGUUCGUGUUCAACCCCACGAAGACGUUCAGGCACGAGGCGCGCUUCUGGGCCCUCAGAGUUUUGGGGAAAGUGAUCUUGGCACCGUUUUUCUAUGUGACGUUUGCUGAUUUUUGGCUGGCGGAUCAGCUGAACAGUUUAGUGACCCUCUUCACGGAUCUGCAGUACUUCGUGUGCUUCUACGCGAGCAACGGUAGCUGGUCGGAGGCAAAAGAUGCCAACUACUGCGUGGAGAGGUUUUUGGGGGUGAGGGCGCUGAUGGCUUGUCUGCCUCCCUGGUUCAGGUUCGCCCAGUGCCUCAGGAGGUACCGGGACACCAGGGAGGCCUUCCCGCAUAUAGCGAACGCCUUGAAGUACGCCACCUCAUUUUUCGUUGUGAUAUUUAGUACUUUAAAUAAGGUUGAUGAAUAUAAUUAUCCUGAGGAGGAUCGCACGUCUCCUUUUUUAUAUUUGUGGAUAAUCGCGUCCCUCGUGAGCACGUUUUACGCAUACACGUGGGACAUUAAGCUGGAUUGGGGUCUAUUUGACGCCAAACCUGGAGACAAUAAGUUUUUACGGGAGGAAAUCGUUUAUCCCUCCACGUGGUUUUACUACUUUGCAAUAUUUGAGGACUUAAUACUGCGGUUCGGCUGGGCUUUCUUGAUCGGUAUGACCGAAAUGGGGUACGUGAUGGAGAACUCUAUGGUGUGCAUCCUGGCGCCUCUAGAAGUCUUUAGGAGGUUCAUGUGGAACUUCUUCCGUUUGGAAAACGAGCAUUUGAACAACGUAGGUAAGUUCAGGGCGGUCAGGGACAUUUCGGUGGCCCCCCUGGACACCUCCGAUCAAAUGGUGAUAGUACGCAUGAUGGACGACGAGCUGGGGGUGGUAAACAGGCGAAAAAGGAAAAAUAAGAAACGGGGAGACAGGAGCGUGAGGGUCACCCUGGAAACUGGGGAGUCCACCGACGACUUAGAGAAUUAACACGUAUAGAGAGGAGGACUUUUUUGUAAAUAAAAUAUUGUUUAGUUGUU